CACCCUUAACAUAAUUUCCCUCUUUUGUUUUCACCUCUUUGGUUCCUGACCUGUUUUAGGUUUUCAUUCUUCCUCUCUACAGUCAGUAGGAGAGAAAGCUUCUCUGCAAAUUCCGGAAAGUAACUCUUCGGAAAUUAGAACUAAAAGUCGAAGCCAUGAUAGACUAUGCUCAAGAACAAGAGAUGGAAAUUGAAGCUUUACAAGCUAUCCUUAUGGAUGAAUUUGAAGAAAUUGAUGCUAGUGACAGUGGAUUAAACACAUCCAAUCGUUGCUUCCAGAUUACUAUCUCUCCACAAGAAGAAGAUGAUGAGGAGACAUCUAAAGUUCUACUGGCUUUAGUUUUUGCUCACACUGAAAAGUACCCAGAUGAACCACCACUGCUGCACGUGAAAAGUUUGAAAGGAAUAUCAUUAGAGCAUCUCCAGGCGUUAAAACAAAAGCUUGAGGAGGAGGCAUCCGAAAAUCUUGGCAUGGCUAUGAUCUACACACUCAUUUCAUCGGCGAAAGAGUGGCUGGAUGAAACAUUCCGUCAAGUUGUGGUUGAGGAAGUAGUGGAGACAACUAAAGAUGAUGUACGCUAA